AUGACAUCAACAACUGCUGAUAAUAAUAGUAAUACCUCAAGUGACCCCAAAAUCACCACUGAACCAUUUGACGAAGAAGUAGAUAAAUUUGCUGCUGUCUUCAAAGGUCUUGAACAAAUUGAUUUGGAAACUGAUAAAGGUGAACUUAACCCCAUUUCCAAAACCACUUUGGAAUCAUGGGAAAGCGAUUUCCAAGCUCUGGCCAAAAACAUCUUAACUCAAAAUGCAUUGGCAAACACUACCGUUGAUAAGGUUAUUGCCAAUUCUGACUCAAAAACGAGGUUGAAAGAGAGAUACUUGUUUAAUGUCACUGUUGAUACCAUUGGUUCGCCUUCUUUUGCUAAUAAUCAAAAAUCAUCAGGUAGAUGUUGGAUUUUUGCAUCUUCAAAUGUGUUUAGAACUCAUGUUAUCAAAAAUUAUAACUUGAAAGAUGACGAGUUUCAACUUUCACAGAGUUACUUAUAUUUUUAUGACAAGUUGGAAAAAGCCAAUUUUUUUUUGGAAAAUAUCGAAGACACUGUUGAUGAAGAAUUAGAUUCAAGAUUGAUUCAGUUCUUGUUGCACGAUCCAGUUGGAGAUGGUGGUCAAUGGGAUAUGAUUGUUAAUUUGGUUAACAAAUAUGGUUUGGUUCCUAAUGAAGUGUUUCCCGAUAACAGUCAAUCCACCAGCUCUUCAAAGUUGAACUACAUUGUUACUGAAAAGCUCAGAGAAUUUGCUUUGAAAAUUAGAGAAUUGAAAGCAUCAAAGGCUUCUGACAAUGUGCUUCGUCAAUUCAAGUUGAGAGCAAUGAAGACUAUUUACAAGACCUUGUCCUUAACGAUUGGGUCCCCACCUAAACCCACUGAUGAAUUUGUAUGGGAAUUUUUGGACAAGGAUGGCAAAUACAAGCAUUUCAAAACAAAUGCAUUGGACUUCUACAAGAGCCACGUUAAGUAUGAUGCUGCAGAGCAUUUCUCCUUGAUUCAUGAUCCAAGGAAUGAUUAUGAUAAAUUGUACACUGUUGACAGAUUGAACAAUAUUUACGGUGGCAAACCAAUUGAGUAUGUCAAUACUGAAAUUGACGAAAUCAAAAAUGUGGCCAUCAAGAUGUUGAAGGAUAAUGAACCAAUCUUUUUCGGUUGUGAUGUUGGAAAGUUUGGUGAUAGAACAACUGGUGUUUUGGAUAAUACAGGUUAUGAUUACACAACAGCAUUUGAUUUUGAUUUGGAGUUAACCAAGGCUAAUAGAUUGAAAACAGGUAGUUCUUUGAUGACCCACGCUAUGGUCAUUACUGCAGUUCAUAUUGACCCAUCUACUGACAAACCAGUCAGGUGGAAGAUUGAAAAUUCUUGGGGAGACGAAACUGGUAAAAAAGGCUGGUACAUGAUGACAGACGAAUGGUUUAGUGAAUUUGUUUAUCAAAUUGUCACUACCAAGAAGUAUGUUAGUAAAAAGACAUAUGAUAUUUGGAAAGGCAAGGAAUUCAACACUUUGCCAUACUAUGAUCCAAUGGGAUCUUUAGCUUAG